AUGGAAAGUUGUACCAGUCUUGAAGCUGAACUAUGGGCGGUGUAUAAAGGCCUAGCAAUCAUUCCCCAAAAAGGCUUCAAUAAAGUGAAUAUGGAAACUGAUGCCCAAGAAGUUGUGAAACUACUUGUAGAAGGCCCUGGAGAGAAACACCCUUAUAGAGGUCUGGUGGAAGAUGCAAGGAUCAUAUUCAAUGGCUGCCAGUGCACUACCCAACAUGUUUAUCGUGAAGGAAAUCUCUGUGCGGAUGCUUUACCCAAAUUGGGAGCUGCUCAAUCUGAAGACAUCUUAGUUGUUAAUGACCCUCCUGCUGAGAUUAGGGAGCUGCUAGUUGCAGACAUGUUGGAGUUGGGUAGGGAGAAGGUCUAG